AUGGCGGAUGACGACCAACGCUUCCAACGCCUCGAGCAGCAGCUCGCUAUCCUGAGCAUGGGACACGACAGGAUGUUGAAGCAGAUGACGGAUUUCUUUCAGGCGGUGCACUCCCGCGAGGAAGCUUCGGCCUCCCAACCGGGCGAUGCUCGUCAGAUGGCCAUGCACAACCAGACCGGAGGAGUUUUUCCACCUCGAUAUCUCCGUCUAGAUUUUCCGGUAUAUAAUGGGGCAGAAGAUCCGACGAUCUGGAUCUGCGGGGCAGAACAGUUCUUCGAUUUCCAGAAUGUGGCAGAGGCGGAGAAGGUUAGGCUGGCUUCGUAUUACUUGGAAGGCGAUGCCCAGAUCUGGAUUCAAAGGAAGAACACGCUCAAUGAACAUAUAGAUUGGGCUCGAUUCAAGCGAGAAUUGAUGCUCCGUUUUGGAUCUGCACCGUACGAAGAUGGUUUUGGAGAGCUCUGUAAACUUAAGCAAACCUCCACCGUGCGUGAUUACCAAAGUCGCUUUGAAAGGCUUUUGAGCAAAGCCGGGGUACUCACUGCGGAGCAGGAAACGGCAUGUUUCAUUAGUGGGCUUCGUGACUCCUUGCAGGCCGACGUGAAGGCCCAUGGCCCAACGGCCCUGGCAUCUGCAAUCACCUUAGCCCGGAUCUAUGAGGGGCGAAAUCAAUCAACCACAAAAUGGGCCUCCCACCCUCGACCAACCUCUACUCCAAGACCUAGCUUUCCCUCCAGUAAUAGGCGUCACGAGAGCGAGGAAAAGUCAGCUUCUACGCCAGAAUUUCCUGUCCGACGUUUUACCCCUUCGGAACUUCAGCAACGGCGAGCUCAAGGGCUUUGUUUUCAUUGCGAUGAACGAUACACGCCCAACCACACUUGCAAGAGAUUGUUCUGGAUUGAAAUGGAAGAAGACGAAGCGGACAAAGACAAUGUUGACGAUAACGACCAAGGAACGGCAUGGGAGAAACCCGAAAUUUUUCUCAACUCCUUGGUGGGAAUCACCACUCCUCAGACCAUGAGAGUUGCAGCAAAAGUUGGUAAGAUUCCUCUCACAAUCCUUAUUGAUUCGGGUUCCACCCAUAAUUUCUUGCAUACCCCAUUUGCCCGUAUUGCGGCCUUACACACUGAAGCCAACUCGGCACUCAAGGUCAUUGUGGCCAAUGGCGAGAAAAUUCGUAGCCCGGGUCUGUGCCGGGAGGUCACUCUGCACUUGCAGGAAUCUCAGUUCCUUGUUGACCUCUAUUUAAUCGAGUUGGAGGGAUGUGAUGCCGUUUUGGGAGCUCAAUGGCUACGAACAUUAGGACCUAUUAUUUGGGACUUUGACCGAAUGGAGAUGACAUUUUCAGUAAAUCAAAAGGAGACCCGCUUGGUUGGUAUGGGGCGUGCUCCAACUACUUCGAUAGGAGCCAAGGCGAUGAACAAGGCUUUAAGGGUAAGCUCCAACACUGGCAUGUUAUUACAAAUUCGUCUUCUAACCGAGGACGUUAUGGAAAAGCAAGACACGGAUGAUUGGGAACCAUGGGCACGGAAGUACCCCACAGUUUUUGGUGAUCUACAAGGUCUUCCCCCUCGACGGAAUCAGGACCAUCGAAUUCCGCUACUCCCAGGCAGUGGACCGGUCAGUUUACGGCCGUACUGA